AUGGUGCCGGGCGAGGCGGCGCCGCCCGGGCCGGGCUCGCCGCGGGGCAGCGCCGAGGGGGCCGCGGCGGGCAGGAAGCAGCGCGCGGCCGCCCGCAGGAAGGCCUUUUCCCUGUUCGUCAAAGGCAAGGAGGUGCCGGCCGCGUCGCGGUGUCCCGGCGGCGGAGAGGGCGUGCGGUGGCGGUGCUGCCGGCAGGCGUUCGAGGAGCUGCCCGGCAUCCACAGGCACGUGGCUCUGCACCACUCCGGGGACGUGGGGCUGCAGGCCGGGCUCGGUGCCAGCCCGGCGGAGGCCGCAGGCUGCCCCGCAGGCGGCCCGGCCCCGGCCGACAGCGCGGCCCGGCCGAGCGGGCACUCCUGCAGCAACCCGGAGAUCUCCUGGGCGCUCCCCGACACAAGCCACGUCAGCCACGACGAUCUGACAAGCCAGGUGGGAGAAGUACUCCUCUAUUACUGUUACUGUGAGGUGAGGGAUCCAGAGAAACUCUGUGCUUGGCAAAAGGCUUUGUGUCAGCAUCUACAUCUCACUGGCAAGGUACGAGUUGCUUCAGAAGGGAUUAAUGGGACAGUUGGUGGAAGCAAAGUAGCUACCAGUCUCUACAUUACAGUUAUGCUUUCCCAGCCGCUGUUCAAAAAUAUUUUGUGUCAAGAGGAUUUCAAGAGCAGUGCAGGAGGAGCUCACUGUUUCCCAGACCUUCGAGUUGGAGUAUUCAAAGAAAUUGUACCUAUGGGCAUUGAUCCAAAGAUAGUGUCUUAUAAGGAAACUGGAAUCCAUUUAUCCCCUCAGGAAUUUCAUAGAGAAGUAGAACAGUAUUUGUCUCAGGCCACUCAAGGACAAAGCGAUACCAUCUUGCUGGACUGUAGGAACUUCUAUGAAAGUAAAAUAGGACAUUUCCAGGGCUGUCUGGCUCCAGAUAUCAGGAAGUUCAGCUAUUUUCCAAGCUAUGUAGAUGAAAACCUGGAGCUUUUUAAAGAUAAGCGGGUACUGAUGUACUGCACAGGAGGGAUUCGUUGUGAAAGAGGCUCUGCUUACCUCAGGAGCAAGGCAGUGUGCAGAGAGGUUUACCAGCUAAAAGGUGGAAUUCACAAGUACCUAGAAGAGUUUCCAGAUGGAUUCUACAGGGGGAAGCUGUUUGUAUUUGAUGAUCGUUACGCCAUUUGUUCCAAUGAAGAUAUCAUCUCAGCAUGCAGAUACUGUGGGGUGCUGUGGGACCAAUAUAAACUUUGUUCCAGUCAGCACUGCCGGCAGCUUGUCCUGACAUGUCCAAGUUGUUCCAACAAAGGUCUUACAGCUUGCUGUCCUGUUUGUCAAGAGAAGGAGCUCAAGGUGACUUCAAGGGCUUCAGGACAGACACUUAAGGAGGAAUGUGAUUGCACAAGGAGACGACCAAGGGUACCAGUUGAACGUGUCUCGCCAAAGAUGCUGGGCACAGGAAAAGAUUAAGCUGUUUCAUCGGUUAAUCUGGCAUGUGCUCAUGUGAAGGGCUUCUGUAACCAGAUUCUAUCUGUUAAUCAGUUAGGUUUGGAAAUUAUGAAAAUAUGUUGGCUUGGAAAGUCUUGUUCAUAUGCUGCCUUUAAACAUAGAAUAUGCCCUGAAAACCAUCCAUUACUUGCCUGUAAAUUACCAGAGUGCCCAAUCCAUCACCAGCACUACAGGAUCCCUCUCUCUGGGUACAGUCUUGUAGUGCGGCCUUUACCAUGGGGAUUUUGGAGCAGAGUAUCUGCAAUGUGAUAGAGCUGCUCACAAUUCAAAAGAAACUGAAGGAAAUCAAGAGCAAUUCAGUUUUUUCUUCCUGCAUGGAGAUCAACCUGUCUGACCUCUCCAAGGAUCAUGCAUCUGCUUCAAUAGCUUGUAGUGAGGUGUGCAAACAGAUUUACCAAUUUGGUGUGGGUUUGUGACCAGAUUAGAUGAAGAUAUAUUCCACAUGCACACCAUUGACCUGCAUCUCUUGCUUUAUACCAGUGAGAAGCAAGGCAAAAUUACCUGAAAUUACUGACUUAACUCUCCUGUAAAACUGGCUGAAGGCAGCAUAAGGAGCUGGAGCAAAGGCCCAGAGAUACUGUUUGCCCAGCCAUACUUGUGUGACCUGUAGGAUGAACAGCAAACGCAAUCUUCUUUGCUGUGCUCAGUCUCCCUGGGAACUGUUUUUUCCCCUGAACUUGUCAAUGUAUGAAAUAUGCAGGGCUCAGCUCUGCUUGCACUAAAAAAACCUGACAGCUUGAAGCAUGUUGAAACAAGCACACAAAGAGGGGAGCACAGAGACUGCCAAAAUACCAACAUCAUGGCACUGGAAGUGAUGCAUGUGUGCAUAAAUGUCAGCAACAGCUAUGAGAAGACUGCAAGAUCCUUUAUCCAAGUUAAAUAAUUCAAGUUUUGGGGAGCAUUUUUGCUUUUUAAACAAGUUUUUUAAAACCUGCAAGAUGUUUAUGCAAUUUCCAGCACUUGUUAGUGGAGAAAUUGUCUUUGAAGGGACCUACAGCAAAUGAGCUUAAAAUACUGCCUCACGUGCUGUAUUGUGUGCCUGAUGCUGUAGAAUGUACAGAAAGGAUUUAUUAAUAGUGUGGAAGAUGUGUCUUGACCGAAAAAUGUCUUUGAAAUUCACCUGUCACUCUGGGAACUAUACAGUAAGUCAUUAGGACAUCAAAAUCACUAGGUUUGGAGUUUUUUUACUGGCAAAUGCUUUUAAAAGCAAGAAAAGAGUUUCUUAAGUUUCUGCAGUUGCUUAAUGACAGGGCUAUGUUAUUUUCAGAUUGUAUCUUUCUCCCAUGGUGCUAUUAAUUCAGCAAGGCUUGACUUGCAACUUAAAUACAUGGGCAUUGGUUCCAUUAAAGCCAUGACAAACAUUUCUUCUUGCUUCCAGUAUUGCUACCAUGAAAUGAAUGGUUCACCAGCUGUCCCCAUGACAAUUCCAUUUAUGAGGCAAAACCCUGGAUCUUAGGAAUAUUUCCUUUGGGAGUCUUUCUAGGAUAGUAUUUAACCCAUUCUAGAGAAGAAAUCAGAAAAUUCCAAUCAAUAGACACCUUCAUCAGAAGUCUGAGCAGUGCCAAUGUCUCCCUGGUUUCCUGGUCCCUGCUGGCUGGUUAACCUCUGUGGUUUUGAGGACUGGAGUAUUUGUGAAGAAACAUGUAAGCUCUACUUGUGGGUCUGGUCUAAAGCACUGAUGGGGAGUGCCCCAUGAUCUUCCUGUGUUAGGCUAAAAAGAACACAGUUUUGUAAUUCAGUCUAUCAGCAGGUCUGGAAUACUGUAAUCAAUUUGUAAUGCUGUUUCUGUACUUACCAGUACAGGAUGGCAACAAUUACAUUUUAUAUGUAAAUUUCUGAAACAUCUAUGAUAAAUGACCUUUAGUGCUUCCAUUAUAAUUUUUUAAGUACUGCACAAAUACACUUCACAUGAUGUGUUGGAGGUGCUUAAUUCUGCAGAGAUAAACACUGAAACCUAGCUAGUCUGCCACAUGGUAGACCUGGCUAUAGGGUACAAUUCUCCUGAGAGCUCCUUGCAGCUGGAGAUUCUACCUCAAAGGCAGAGGGGAGCCAUGAGGCCUCUUCUGGUCCUUGCUGCACUAAGGCAGGGAGGAGAAGGAUGUGAGAUGUACAGAUGGAGUCCCAUAAAGCCAUGUUCUCUCUGCUGCAGAGAGCAGAGAAGGGGAUAAGAUAACCUUCUUAGCCUGCUUCUUGCAAGUUAACCCAUAAGGGGCUCUCUGUCCUGUUUUCUGGGUUAGUAUUGUCAGAUAAAUGCAAAUAAGGACUUGCUAUGUGGAAAGCUAUGUGGCAGCAUCCAGGCAUCUUGGUGGUAAAGCCUGAGAGAAGGCACAUCAGCUCCAGGAGAGGGAAGAGUUUUCAGAGGGUUAGACUGUGACUGCCAGAUGCUGCAGUCACCACAUGGCUUUUCCUCUCUUUUCCUGGGGAGCUGCUGGGCCAAACAGGGAUAUACAUUUGCUCCUAAGUAUCAUCACUUUGUAGCUCCAUUGCUGCACAGCUUAAAGCAUUUCACUGUACUGCCUGCUGCCUCAGCACUGUCUGACUCUGCUUCACCACCCUCAGCUGUCAGAUGCAUCCUACAGCAAAACAGCUCUGUGAGGAUCAGCCAAGGAACCUGGAAUGAUCCUGACAGCUUAAUAUACCUUUGGGCUGCAAGGUUAAUGUGGAUGCUGCUACAGUGAAACACAGGACAGAGGGGGUUUUUUUUGUUUUGUUUUGUGUUUGGGGUUUUUUUUUGUUGUUGUUGUUUUUUGGGUUUUUUUGCUAAGGACUGUAGUAGUAUCCAUUGUAGUGCUCCUUGGUCUGCAGAUGCAUCUCCUUGCCUGUCUGUGCUUCUUGGUACCACUAGGAUUUUCCAGGAUAAGAUUCAUUUACGUUCUGAAACCAAGGGAAGGGAUGAGCCUGUGUCGUGC